AUGCGCCGCGCCGCGCGCAUCGCCGCGCGGCAAAGACGAAUCACUCCACGCCACCGCCGCCUGUCGGUCCUCGACGACGCCAAGGGCAUCACGGCCGUCGGCGCCGUCGUCAACGUGGGCCUCGGCUGCUGCAAGGUCGGCGCCGGCAGCACGCUGGGCUCGCCGGCGCUCAUCGCCGACGGCGCCCACAGCCUGAGCGACGUGCUCACGGACGUCGUCGCCUACUGGAGCUACGCGGCCGCGCGCCUGCCGCCGGACGCCGACCACCCGUUCGGCCACGGCAAAUUCGAGGCCGGCGGCUCCGCGGUCGUCGGCGGCUGUCUCGUCGCCGCGGGCGCGGGCGCGGCGCACCACGCCGCCGGGUCCGCGUUCGAGCCGGCCGAGGCCCUGGAGCUGUACGCGGUCGCGACGUGCGGAUCCGUCGCUACGGUUUCUAUCGUCGCGAAGGAGUGGCUCUUUCGCAGGACGCGGGCCGUCGGCGAGGCGCUGCGGUCCGACGUCUUAGUCGCGAACGCGUUCCACCAUCGGAGCGACGCCUGGAGCUCCGUCGCGGCUUUGGCCGGCAUCGCGGGCGGCCACGGCCUCGGCGUUACAAUCGCCGACCCGGUCGCGGGCGUCCUCGUCGGCGGCGCCGUCGCGUACCAGGGCGCGAAGAUCGCGCGCGACGCGGCGCGCGAACUGCUCGACGAGACGCUGGACGGCCAACGGGUCGCGCGGCUCGAGCGCGCCGUCGCGGCCGCGGUGCCGCGCUGCGACUUCUCGCUCCGCGCGCGCAAGGCGGGCCCCGGCGUCCUCGUGGACCUGCGCCUCGGCGUGGAAAAAGGCCUGUCGGCGUCGGCGGCGCACCAGAUCGGCGAGCACGCCAAGGUCGCCCUGGGGCGCGAGGCGCGGGCCAUGGGCCUGGGGCUCGCGGACGUCGCGGUCCAUUUCGACCCCGGCGACCGCCAGGAGAGCGGCGCGACGGACGAUCUCGGCGCGCUGCCCGACGAGCUCGAGAGACGCAUCCGCGCCGUGGCCCUCGGCUGCGACCGCGUGCGGGCCGUGAGCCACGUCGUGCUGAGUUACGAAGGCGACGCGAUCGCCGCAAAGGUCGACGUCGUCCUGCCCGACGCGCUGACCAUCGGCGAGGCCCACGCCGUCGCCUACGGCGUCCGCCGCGCGCUCCUGCGCCGCGUGCCCGAAAUCACGGGCGUCGACAUCGACUGCGAGCUCGACGAGGCCAGGCCGCCGCCGCCGACGCGGAGGCGACGGCGCUACGCGCGGCGACCGUGGUAAUGAACGUUUACGAC